GUUCGACAGCUUUCUCAAACAAAAAAUCUUCUAGAAAUGAGCGUAGCAAUUUUAAACACAAAGUUUAAAAAUUUAGAUGUAUUGUGCAUUUCGGCAGAAAAUCUAUAUUGCGGAACAAAUGCUGUUAACGAAGUGGUAUUCUGCCGAAAUCCGCAAUAAAAUCUGCUUUUUGCUAACUUUUGUCCCUGAAUUGCCACGCCCAUCUCUAGGGGUUUAGAAAACUCCUGCUGUACAAAUAUUAUUUCUGGAUAGGUAUUCCAAGAUUUUUAACGCUAAAAAUAUCAUAAAUUUCAAAAAAAAAAAACAAGACAUUUUUUAAUCUUACAAAAACACCAUCUCGCCAUAAAAACGAGUAUAAGUAGCUCUUGAAAAACGCCAAUUUCUUUAAACCUGUUUUUUUAGCGAAUUAAACAAGGAUUACGAUGGAGUAAUUUUAAAUCCCCAAUUUACUGGUCUUCACUAUGCACAUCAACUUCAAAAAAAUCAACUGUUAAAAUCUAAGUUAGCUUGAGGACAAUCAAGACCAUCUUAUAUAAGGAAAUGCUAAUCCCGUAUCUUUAGCUUUAAAACGACGUUAAGGCGAAGUCUCUACGAUGAGCAAAAACCGAGAUACAAUGAUUUGAAAAAGUGCAUGAUUAGACAGAAUCACGAAAAAAUCCAAGUUUUGACAGAUGACAUCUUCGAUAAAAAAGGAAAAAACAGAAGAGCGCGAAUCAAUACACAACUCCAAACUAAAAAAGCUAAAACAACAGCAACUACGAAAAUUGGGAAUCCACCUAAACAACGAUUGGUUCGUCAACAAAACGAAUAUAGAAUUCCCCGAUGAAAGUAAAUGGUUGCUUUCCCUGGGCAAAAAAUUUGCAUUACCCAUAACGCAGACUAGUCUCAAACCGGUCCAAACCAUAGCAGAAAUGGAACAGUUAAUACAGCACAUAGAAGACAACAGAACCAAGGAAACAGCGAGAUGCAAAUUGAGUAACCGAAUAAUUCAAUUUAAAAGGAACAUUAAACACAACUCAGCGGAGAAGUUCAUAUUAGAGACUUUUAAUAGAACCAAAAUUUUUUUAAAACAACACAAAGAUGAAAUUAUUGUUACUGAUGCGGAUAAAGGAAACAAAACUGUGGUAUUAUAUAAAGCGGACUACACGGAAAAAAUGAGAAAACUACUUGAAGACGAAAAUACUUACAAAACAAUAAGAAAUGACCCGACAGCUACACUACAAAGAAAAAACAAUACCAUAAUAGAUGACUUGUACAAAAACAAAAUUAUUGACAGAAGCGAAAAACAACAGCUCACAUGCACAGCAGCAACUGCACCUAGACUCUAUGGGUUGCCAAAGAUUCACAAACCGGGCUUGCCUUUACGGCCAAUCUCCUCAUCUGUCAAUGUCCCGUGCUAUGGUUUAUCUAAGCAUUUAGGCAAAAUUCUUAGAAAGUUUACCUCAGAGGAAUACAACAUAAGAAAUGCGUUUCAAUUAAAAGAAAGGCUAGAAAACAUCCAAAUAGAAGAAGAAGAUUUGUUGGUGUCAUUCGAUGUGAUCUCCUUAUUCACCAACAUACCGACACAUCUAGCUAUGAAAAUUAUCAUGAACAAGUGGGAUAAAAUUCAACAUUACACAAAAAUACCCAAAAAUAAAUUUCAAAAUAUCAUGAAUUUCUGUUUGAAGGAUAACAACUACUUCACCUGCAAUGGAGGUUUCUACGCUCAAACCUUUGGGAUGCCAAUGGGUAACCCUCUUUCACCCACUAUAGCUGACGUAGUAAUGGACGACCUAUUGGAUAACACUAUUUUGGACCUGAAGGAAAAUUUUAAUAUUGACAUCAAAUUCAUUGUUAAAUACGUAGACGAUAUUUUUGCUAUAGUAAAACAAAAGGACGCGGACAUUAUUCUCAGAACACUUAACAAAUAUCAUCCAAAGCUGCAAUUUACAAUGGAAUCAGAAGCAAACCUCUGUUUACCAUUCUUAGAUGUCAUGAUCCACCGAAAAAAUGAUUCUAUUGCACUUAACUGGUACGCAAAACCCACUUCCUCUGGGCUCCUAAUAAAUUAUCUGUCAUCGCAACCCUUUAAGAAUAAGAUUAACACAGCCAAAAAUUUAAUACACAAAAUAUUUACAAUAAGCCACCAACAAUUCAAGGAGACGAACAUAUGCAAAAUAAAGAAAAUUCUAGCAAGCAAUAACUACCCAAACCGUCUAAUACAAAGCCUAAUCGAACAUAAAGUAACAGAAAUAAACAAUAAUCAAAACAAAACGCCAACCACAAAAGCAACAGACGGAACAAAGCGAUACCACAGUGUGACGUACAUUCCUAAGUUCUACCAACAACUUGACCGCGAAAUAAACACCAACAACCCUAAUAUAAGAUUAGCAUACCGAACCAACUACACACUAUCUUCGAUAUUCACACAAACAAAAACACCGAUCAAGCCCCACCAACAAAACAACGUGGUGUAUGAAAUCACAUGUAAAGGCAGCGAAAACGAAAACUGCAACAAAGUUUACAUAGGGACAACUAAGCGAGCAUUAGGCGUUCGCCUUUCCGAGCACGAAGCCGACAUAAACAAAAAGAAGAACAGCACAGCAUUAGCACAACACGUACUUACCAGUGGCCAUACGGCUGAUCUAGCUAACGUUAAAAUAUUGGACAAGGAGAAGAGGGAACGGACAAGAUACACAAUAGAGAGUUUACGUAUACUACAGAAAAGGGAAAAAACAAUCAACAAGAAGGAGGACACGGACGAUAUCGCGGCUGCUUACAUGUUAUGUUUGUAGCGAAUAGUUUAGUUUAGUUUGACGAAAUUACCACGGAUGGAUGGUAGCAAUACUUUAUGUUUUUCAAUGUAUUUAACGUUUUUUGUGUUUUUUAUAUGUUUUAUAUGUUUUUCAAUGUUUUUACAUGUAUGUGCAUUGAUGUGAAACCAACUUAACCUAAGUUUACAUAAUCGUCCCUGAUGAUGCUAAGGUAGUUAGCGAAACGUUGGGCAAAGAAGUGGAGAAAAAAGUAUUUUUCUUGCACAUGGCGAAGUAGAUCGAUCAGCCUACAACAAUACCAACAUAUAACAAAAACUCGAUCAAAAGCUUACAAAGAUAAUAAAAA